AUGGCUGGAAUCAUAAACCCUGGCUCUGAAGGCUUUCAGAAACUCUUCUUCGGUCAGGAGGAAAUCGUUAUCCCUGUUCACGCCGCCAUUGAGGCAGCAUGCGCUGCGCAUCCAACCGCGGAUGUAUUCAUCAACUUUAUUCAUCAACUUUGCAUCCUUCAGGAGUUAGUUUCUAUCUAUAGUGUUGUUGCUUCAUCCAUGCCUGCUUUGAAGCAACCAACCAUCAAAGUUGUGGCGAUAAUAGCGGAAGGUGUUCCAGAAUCUGACACCAAGCAGCUCAUUGCUUACGCUCGUGCUAACAAUAAGGUUGCUUUCAUGGUUGUGAUUGGACCGGCGACGGUUGGAGGUAUUCAAGCUGGAGCCUUUAAGAUUGGUGACACUGCAGGAACGAUUGAUAACAUUAUCCAGUGCAAGCUCUACAGACCUGGAUCUGUUGGUUUUGUCUCCAAAUCUGUAUUUGACGGCUUUAAGAACAACAUAAAACUUAGAAUGUUUGAGAGUUUGAGAGUUUUUUUUAUUCAUCACUCUUCUUUUCCUGCGGAUGGGAUGUCUAAUGAAAUGUACAAUACUGUUGCCCGUGUGACUGAUGGGAUCUAUGAAGGCAUUGCUAUUGGUGGAGACGUGUUCCCAGGAUCCACUUUAUCUGACCACAUCUUUCGUUUUAACAACAUCCCACAGAUUAAAAUGAUGGUGGUACUUGGAGAGCUUGGAGGAAGAGAUGAAUACUCUCUUGUUGAAGCUUUGAAACAAGGGAAAGUCAAUAAACAUGUCGUUGCUUGGGUCAGUGGAACUUGUGCACGUCUCUUCAAGUCUGAAGAACAGUUUGGUCACACAGGUGCCAAAAGUGGUGGCGAGAUGGAGUCUGCACAGGCCAAGAACCAAGCUCUAAUGGAUGCUGGAGCUAUUGUUCCCACUUCAUUUGACGCCCUGGAAUCUGCAAUCAAAGAGACUUUUGAGAAACUGAAGGAAUGGUCUCUCCUAUAA